AUGCACUCGACGUCGAAAGUAUCCUCUGUGCCAGAAAUGAUGCGUGCUGUUGUGAUUGAAAAUGAAACAGGUCCUUCGAGUGCAUUGCGCAUAGGACAGGUGCAGACGCCUAAAUUACCGAUGCACGUCACGACGCCCCAUGUACUUGUGAAAGUGCGGGCGUUUGGCCUGAACCGAAUGGACCUUCUACAGCGGGAAGGACACUAUCCGGUGCCACCCGGAGCAAGCAAGAUCCUUGGUGUCGAAUUUAGCGGUGAGGUGGCUGAGACGUAUGACGGCAAUGGCAGCCCUGGUACAGCCACACAACUGAAAGUAGGUGAUCCGGUCUUUGGCCUUACACAUGGUGGCGCAUAUGCGGAGUAUGUGACUGUGCCUGCAUCGAUGACAUGGAAGAAAGACGCGAGUAUGAGCUGGGAGCAGGCUGCGUCUAUUCCAGAAGCGUACAUGUCAGCGUUCCAAGCUCUGCAUACACUGUCAUCACUCAAACAUGGCGAAGAUGUGUUGAUCCAUGCAGGUGCAUCUGGUGUGGGCCUUGCCGCUAUUCAGCUGGCCAAGUUCCUUGGUGCACGCCAUGUCUACGUUACAGCUGGUACACCAGAGAAAAUUGAACGAUGCAAGCAGCUGGGAGCCACAGACGGCUUCAAUUACAAGACAGAAGACUGGGCGGAUCAACUUAAGCGGGCCACAAAUGGCAAGGGCGUCGAUGUGAUUAUGGACUUCAUUGGCGCAUCUUAUUUCAACAGCAAUCUUGCCUCACUUCGUCUCGAUGGGCGAAUGACACUCCAGGCAGUCAUGGGUGGCUUCAAGCUGCCGGAAGGAUCGAACAUCCUACCCCUGCUCAUGAAGCGUCUGCGCAUCGAAGGAAGUACCCUCCGAAGCCGCUCGAUCGAGUACCAAUCCGACGUAGCGCGCGACUUUGCUCGGCUCGGCUGUGUUGAUGCACUUGUCCGUGGCGCACAGCCUGGUGAGUCCAGUGGUCAAAAUACGUUGCGGACGAUCUUGCACAAGGUGUGGGAUUGGCACGAUAUCAAAUCCGCACAUGAUGCCAUGACAGCGAACCAGAAUAUUGGCAAGAUGGUCGCAGUGAUCUCUUAG